UUUACACAAAAUUCAAUCGAAACGAUGAAGGUUUUCAUACUUUUUUCUGUGUGUUUCAGUGCAGUUUUUGCUGGUCUUAGUGGUGAAAAUGUAACAGUCAGUUUUCCAACACAACUUCUUUCCGCCGUUUUAGCGGGUGACGAGAAAGCAGUAAUGAACUUAAUUAACGAUGGUGCAAACGUCAAUGAUGUUGAUUAUUUUGGUGCAACACCACUGCAUAGUGCAGCUCAAAAAGGAAAUAUGAGAGUGGCACAACUUUUGAUUGAGAAUGGUGCCAACAUUAAUGCUGUGGACUUUGCGGGGCACACACCCCUUCAUAUAUCCAGUUUAACUGGUCAUGACGAUAUGGUGAAAUUUCUGAUUGAGAAAGGUGCCAAAGUAAAUUACAAAGCAAAAGAUGGAUCCACACCACUUCUUCUAGCAGUUGAUAAAAGCUAUGCUGAUGCAGCUAAAGUUUUAAUAGAAAGUGGAGCCGAUGUUACCAUUCGAAAUAAUGUGGGACACAACAUAGUUGAUAUCAUAAUAAAUAACAUUCGCAGAAACUUUUUUGGUAUUUUAAGAGGAGCUUGGGCUUUCAUCUCAAUUCAACCGUUUAGAAAAUUUUUUGAAAUAAUUUUCGAUUCAGCGUGGAUCAACCACCUCAAAUUAAUGUCGAAAUUUGAACUGUUAAGAUGGGGGGAAAAUAUAGUUGCGACCACAUUGUUGGUGGUGUUAGCCGAAAUGAUGGGUAUAUUAUUUGCUGGCCUAAUAUUUUAA